AGAGCGGGCGCCGUCCCCGAGGGAAGCAGCCGGACGGACACCCCGCCAGUUGCUCACGGCAGCGGCUGCCCACUCGAGUCGGGCGCAAAUGCGGAGGAGGAGACAGACAGGGAAAGCGCAGCUGCCGCCGGUCACUCUGUCCAGCAGAUGGCAGCCCGCCCGGCGCGCGCGAUCCUUGGGGUGGGGAGGAGAAGAAACCCGAGCCGGCCAGGCAGACACUCCCCAGGCUUGGAUCUGCCGCGGGGCGGGGGGGGAGCGAACAGGGAAGCAGGAAGCGCGAGUUGCUGCUGCUGCGCUCUGGCGAGGCGCUCUCCUCCUCCUUCCCCCGAGAGCAGCGGAGGAGAGCUCGGCUUCCAGGGGACCCCGGCAUGGGCAACCACCACGGCGGCUGCUGUUCAGGAGGAGGAGGAGGAGGAGGGUGCUGGAACUGCCUUUCACCCGCUAAGAGGAAAAAAGAAAAACCAGGCUCAAGAACCAGUAAGCCAACUGCACAGCACCCAGAGAGCAAGAAGGGAUUUGAUGUCACUCCAGUUUAUGAUGAUGUGUCGGACUUCCCAGUCUAUGCCACUGUGAGCAAACCCAAGCACCUGAAAUGUGAUGACAGCAAUGUGCAUUAUGCAGACAUUCAGGUCUUCACCAAAGUCCGAGAGCGCUCCACUGAAGAGGUGAAGAGCCUGCAGACCCACAAUGCCACAGAAUACGCCACCCUCAACUUCCCCCGGGCCACAUUGAAAUAUGACAACAAAAAUGGAACCCUAGUAUAAGAGCAGAAAGCCCUCUUGCCAUCUUUCAACAGAAGUAUUAUGGGAUGCUGCAGAUUUCAUAGUCUAUGUCCGGAUUUUCAGUUCUCUCAGCCUGGAAACACUUACUUUCCCUUUCAACUGCAUCUGGUUUGGAUUGUUGUGAUGGGAGCAGAGGCUUUCCCUUGGGUGUGCCAUGAAAAUGACCCUAGCAAGGGAUGUUUCUAAGAUUAAUGGAAUGUCUUCUGUGUGUCCUUUUACAACAUAGAGAUGCCACAGGAAAAGUAAAUUGCAUGGUGUGACUUGGUUUAAACCUGCAGCGAAGAACAUAGACAUUUUUGAGAAUAUUUGUCCUUCAAAUCAAGAAUUGCUGGAUUUCAUUACUACCUUCAGGAUAUUUUCUAUGAAACUAUAGCUGGAGAGUGUGUUGACAACAUAGCAUGAAAGUGACUGAACUUUUAUAAGUAAACAGGUACUAACACAAUGUAAAUACAGUCCUAUAAAAUACAGAGAGCCCCUGGUGGCGCAGUGGUAAAACUGCCGCCCUGUAACCAGAAGGUUGCAAGUUCGAUCCUGACCAGGGGCUCAAGGUUGACUCAGCCUUCCAUCUUUCCGAGGUCGGUAAAAUGAGUACCCAGAAUGUUGGGGGCAAUAUGCUAAAUCAUUGUAAACCGCUUAGAGAGCUCCAGCUAUAGAGCGGUAUAUAAAUGUAAGUGCUAUUGCUAUUGCUAUAAGACAUUGUGAGUUCUUUCAUUUAUUAACUCUGCCAUAAAAUCCCAUUCAUAACAGGAGGCUUAUUCCUGUGAGAAAGGGAUGCAUGGGCAAGGGAAUUUAUUGGUAGGAAAUUGGUAUCUUCUGUGUAGAAGGCAUCAGUAUAUUUUGUGCAGUGUAAGAAGUGGAUGAGACUGUGUUGGCAACAUAGCUAUCACCACCACCUAUGGAAAAAUGGUUUUACAUUUUCUAUGAUAUAAGCUCCUAUGCAUAUACCCUAAA